AUGGUUCGACCCAGCUGCCUGCUUACUUGCUGCCUCCUUGGAGCCCUCCUCUUAAUUGUUCCCGCUUCUUCUUACCCCAGUCCCAACAACUACCACCUGGAGGAAGGCCAAUAUGAUCCAGAAGAAAUUAUGGAUAUGCUAAACCGCCUCGGAAACCUUAUCCAAAUAGAACGCAAAAUGGAGAACGAGAAGCGUGCUCUGGAUUUGGGUCUCAGCCGUGGAUACUCCGGCGCUCUUCAAGCCAAGCACCUCAUGGGACUCGCGGCCGCCAACUACGCCGGUGGCCCUGGCAGGAGGCGUCGUGAUGCCCAUUAA